GCCCUUCUUCCUGAGUUAAUUCUUUCCACACAGCUGUUGGUGUAUAUCAAGGCAUUUCUAUUACCCUGACCAAUUUAUUACAGUUUACACCCUGUGUUUAGGAGCUGAAUUUUGGGUGAUUUUGGCAAUGAUGAUUCAUAAUGUUACCAUGACCAAUAUUAGUCCCUUUCGGUUACCAUGACCAAUUUAUCAUACAAAUUCUGUGUUUGGCAACCUAAUUUUGGUCUGAUUUUUGCAUUGAGCAUUCAAAACAUGCCAUUUUUGUAUCAAUUACACUUUUCUUUUGGCAGCUGGAAUUUGCUGUUUUGACCAUGAUCAUUAAAAGCAUCUGGUUUUUGUAAGCUUUGACACACAGGGUGCCUUUGCUCCAUUGCCAUUUACUUGAUACAACCUACACACACAUGCAAAGCUGGAACUGUGUGUAACUUGAUCUCUCCCAGCUAUUUAUAUCUUUUUCAACCCCAUAGCUUCAGCACAGCUCUGUUUUCUAGUUCAGGCCUGGCGUCAUUUUUGUGGUGAAAUAUGUAGAGAGUUCCUUCUGUUUUCUCGAAGGAUAGAGAGAGAAGAGAAGGGGUUCUGUGUACUGGGAAAAAUUACAGGAAGUUUCAGAUUGUUCAGUGACCUAGUCAUAUGCUUGAUAUAUGUGAGUCAAGUGCCAUGGAUUUGUUGGUGUAGUACACCUGGAUUCUACUCAGCUGAUGUGCCAUGCUGGGUUUAAUAUAAAGAGAGAGCUGUCAAGAAUAAGGGUUCUGUUUUCUAUUUUUAUGGUACAAGCAGUUUCAGAUUCUCAACAUCUAACUGUUGAAUAACAUUGUGCCUGGUAGUCUGAAUAAGGCUGAUGAGUCUACCUGGAUGUACCUGUUAAAAGCAUAGACUUGAUUUCGGUGUUUUGGGGAAAUAAGAGGGGAGGAUAGGUUUAAUGGGUUACAGACAAGUCCAGAUGUUUUCAGUUGGUCAUGGACUUUCCAUUAACUUCACCAGUUUGGGGCCAGGCACCAUGGAUUUGGCCACAAAGUCUACCUGAGAGUAACUUCAGCAGGCUUUUCGUAAAGAAAGAUCAAGACAGGCAGACAUUAUAAUUAAAGGCUACAGGCAGUUCCAGAUGAACACUUUUUGUUUUUGCACUGAACACAGGGGGCCUGGUACUGUGUAUAAAGCAUUGGGGUCUACCUGAGUUUAUAUAAACAGAGGAGGUGCAUAGGUGGAAAGGCACAUAGCUGCCUGCCUGGCAUAGUUUGUGAGUGGAACAGGAGCCGUUUUAUCACCUACAUACAUUGAGGCCCACAUUGGCUGGGAGAGCAUAGAUAACACUGACAGAUCUGCAGUGUUCCUGCUGAGCUGGAGGAGCCAAUGAGGAGGGAAGAUCCAGCCAGACGUCAGUCGGGGAGGUUCUGUAAUUGGCAGCCGAGGAUUGGGUGGCGGCUGGAGCGGUGAGAUUGUAAUGUCAGACGCGAAGAAGAACCUGGGAGAAGUCACCUCAGAGGCAAGCAAUCUAGCGGACAUCUUCUCCUUCUCUGUCUUCUUCUUCUGGGUCUUCUAAGUGCUGUAUUUGUCUAACUAGUAGAAGUAGUCAGAGAGUAGGCCUUUACUACUGAAAGCUGCUGUUAUAGUCUUGCUGCUCUGCUAACCCAUAUAUAGGGUGGUUCAUAGAUUCUCACUCGAUUGGUGCGUUACAACCUUGGUGUUGAUCUGGCCCACAAUGCCAUUGGGUGCCACAGGGGGGUACGGAGCCUCCACCCUGGGGUCAUCGUACAGCCGAUUGCUCCUCGAUCUGGAACCGUACCGACCAUACUCUAGUGUGAGUGGCAGCCUCAGUACCGCCAACACAGGCCCAGGGGUUCCACCCAGUCUGCCGUAUCAGCCCGUUAGUGCCAUCACAGCAGCGACCUCGGGAGGGGGAAGUUCCACCAGCUCUGCCAUCGCGAUCCCAAGUACGGGAACGCGCAGCGGCAACUACAUCCCUCUCAGUUCAAGCGCUAUAGGUGGCACUAGCGGUGCCUCUAGUUAUCGUUCAAAGAGGGCUAACCGUCCUAGAAUGGCAGCUUCAAAUUCAGAGCCCCGGGUUGUUCGGCCAAAACAGUACGCUAAAAAUUAUACCACGGCUGUCCCUUCCACUAGAGUAGAGGAGAAAGAGAAGCGCAAGAGUCGACGCGAACACAGCGAACGUGCACCAAGUGUGGAGGACGAUUCCGAAGGCCACCUGAUCUACAAGGAAGGGGACGUACUACAAGCACGAUAUGAAAUCGUACGCACCCUGGGGGAGGGGACCUUUGGGAAAGUGGUGGAGGUGAAAGAUUUACAAAAAGACAAUGAGGUUGCUGCCCUAAAAAUUAUUAAAAAUGUAGAGAAGUACCGAGAAGCGGCCAAACUUGAGAUUAAUGUCCUAGAAUUCAUGCACAGUAAAGACCCUGAGGGGACAUUCUUAUGUGUGAAAUUCUUUGACUACUUCGACUACCAUGGACACAUGUGUCUGAGCUUCCAGAUGCUGGGCAUCAGUAUAUUUGACUUUAUGAAAGAGAACUGUUACUUGCCUUAUACACUCAGCCAGGUGCGGCACAUAGGUUACCAACUCUGUUAUGCUGUCAAGUUUAUGCAUGACAAUAAUAUGACACAUACAGACUUGAAGCCUGAAAAUGUCCUGUUUGUCAACUCUGAAUAUGAUAUCAAAUACAAUGCCAAAAAGAAGAGGGACGAGAGGACAAUCAAAUGUAGCGAUAUCCGUCUGAUAGAUUUUGGCUCAACGACAUUUGACCACGAGCACCACAGCACGAUAGUCUCCACGCGACAUUACAGAGCCCCUGAGGUCAUACUAGAACUUGGCUGGUCUCAACCUUGUGAUGUGUGGAGUAUAGGCUGCAUUCUCUUUGAGCUGUACACAGGGUUUACACUAUUCCAGACACAUGACAACAGAGAGCAUUUAGCAAUGAUGGAGAGGAUACUGGGUUCCUUGCCCUACAGAAUGACCAAGAAGACAAAAAAACAGAAGUAUUUCUAUCAUGGCCAGUUAGACUGGAAUGAGAAAAGUGAACCAGGAAGAUAUGUGAAAAACAACUGCAAACCUCUGGGGCGCUACAUGGUCUGCGACUCUGACGGGGACAUGAACCUCUUCAAUUUAAUCGAACGCAUGCUGGAAUAUGACCCAACGUCCAGAAUCACACUCAAGGAGGCGCUGGAGCACCCGUUCUUUUCGACGCUUCCUGAUUCUCAGAAGCUUCCAAUGGAGUCAAAAAACGAGGAUCGUGAGCGCUCACAUAGUCUGAGUAGAUAGCCGACCUUUGACCUCAGAAAUUGUGUUAGGUGUGAUAUUGAGACAUUUUGAGGGUCGCAGCAGAUCGUUGUCUUAGGAGAGAGAUACAAAAAUUGAUAUUUGUCAGAUAAAAUUUUGGUUUUGGAUCUUUUUGGUCAAAUUGGAACUUUUUUUUAUGUUUUUCAAUCUAUAACAUAACAGCCCCUGCCAGUGCCAGUAAAGAAUUCUACCACCCUCGUUGCAUAGACAAUAUGGCAUGAGAAACUGCACACUCGUACUAUUGAUUCAUUUAUUUUCUGCCUUCUGUUCCUGGCUUUCAAUUUCUGACACUCGAUAACUUUCACCCUCGGUCUUCUGGCAUGUCUUCCUUGACCGUAUAUUUAUUAUGACUAUAUCCAUAUUCCAUUUUGUAUUAAGUAACCAAAAUAAAACAAAAUAAAUGUAUAAAAAUGACCUCUUGGAUAUAUUGUCUCACAUUUACUGCUGCCCUCUUUUGGUGCACAGUUUGGUGCUAUUAGUUUUAUGAAAAAACUCCACAUGAAAUGCAUAUAUUAACCGUAUUAAAUGCAUAAGGAAGACUAGUCAAACCCAUUACUGUGAUAGUAAUAUUUUAAGUAUAAUUUUAAUUCAACAGUUGAGGGGUGUGGAUUUUUCUCCAGUUUGCAGGCACUGGCAGGUAAAGAUAGUAUUUUAAAAAGAAAAUUUGAAACCCAAAAUUGGCAUCAAAAAGAUUGAACAUGUUUUUCAAUGUGUUAAAAAAUUAAUUUGAAAAAAUUUGGUUUCAGAACUCAUAAAAACAAAUUUAUUCUGGCUUCUCCAAAAUGUCAGUUUUAUUUUUAGUUUAUACUUUUGUAAAAAAAAAAUCUCCUUUUUUUGCGACCGAGAUGAAUAGACGAAAAAGUGACAACUACCAAAGGAAAAAUGACAAUAGCUAUGCUACGAAACACCAUGUCAGCGCUCACCAGAAAUCCUCAUGUAACCAUUGUAAAUUAAAGUAUUGGUGAUAACUCAUAUAAACUAUUAUCAUAAUUAUAUUGAAUUUUUGUAACCAGUUGAACGUUGUGUUGCUAGGAGACAUGUAUUAACAAACCAAGGGACACAUUGCAAUACGAGACGAGAGGAAACUUAAGAGGAGAAAAAAAUAUAUAUAUACAUACACAUAUUCUACAGGCGCUGUAUUUGUUUUACCUUUAUCCUAAAUUCAACAGCAGGCUAUCACCCAAGGCAAAUUCAGACCAGUUUUAAAUUUAAACCUUAGCGAGUGUUCAAUGCAUCACCAUCUGCUGUGGUUGAAUUAUUCCAUGGUACCUCUGAGUAAAAUGGUCAAAAGUCUCUUCUGGGACAGUCUUUUGUUGAACAUCUGAACAGAGGUCUAUAUCCAUGGUAUGGUGAUGCACAUCUCUGGUGGUGGUGGUGCUUUAUGCCAGAGUAGGUUUAAUUUGGAACUGGUGUGAGUCUACCCAGAGUUACCAGCAGACAGUUCUGAAAAUGUGAUCUUUUGUGCAACAUCCUAUGAACAGAAAGUUACUUAAAGGAGUCUGUCAAAAUAAUACAAAAAAACAGGCCACCUGUUGAUGCAUUUUCUUGUCCCAGCCCCAGAAAAUUAACUACACCAAUGACAUCUGUUGGCAGCUUUGCACACCAAAGCUGUAUCUUAUUGAAUGAAUUUGGUGUAGUUUUGGUGAGGAAUUUUUUUCCUUAUAGAUCUGUAAAAAAUAUUGGACACCUUAACUGCAUUUAUAAGUAGUUCAGAAUUAUUUAAAAGGUGUGACAUAUCACUUCCCAACUCUUUAGUUCAUUAUUUGUAUUGUCUGAAUUAGAAUUUUUUAAGACGGAGAAAAAUCACAUAAUCAUUGUACUUUUCCCUAGACAUGAGGAAAAGCAAAAAUUGCUUACUUAGUUUUAAGAUAGAAUUUAUGUUGAAUGCUUUUCUCUAGUCUGAAAAAGAAACUGUGUAUUGUUUUUUUUUUAUGCACAGCUAUGUGGUUAUUGUAGUCAAGUGGACCUAAAUGAAAUGCUCCAUUUAUUAUUAAAUUAAGUAAUUAUAUAUUGAACAAACAAUUAUUUACUCCAAAUAAAACUUAAAUGAUGUUCUUAGUAGUUUUAAAGGUCUAAAACUACAGCAGUGGCAUGUAUUCAUAAAAAACAGUCCCAUAAUCUUCUUGUUUAUAGAAUGUACUGUAAUGGAAUUAAGUUAUUAUUUAAAGGUUGCAAGUUUUAGUCCAUGUGUUUUCUGUAUAUAGUCUGUAUUAGAGCAGUGCUGCCGUAGUCGAAUAUCGAUCUAGGUUUGCUUCUUAUGGAAUGCAACUAGUGCUUCGAGAUAUUUUAAGCACCAUUUAAUAUAAAUCCUGUGAAUAGAAUGGUGCUAAAACCCACCAAGCUCACUUAUAAAGCUAUCAUUAUGUUGAAUAUGGCUGCUGGAUUUUCCUUUUGUAGUUGUGGACAAGUUGUAGGUGGCGACACCAGUCAUGUUUUCCAUCACUGGUAGAUGGCAGCACCAACUGGUGAUCUACACUCUUUGUAGAUGGCAGCACCACUACUGGUAGACUGAGACUACGUGUAGAUGGCAGCACCAGCUUGGUUCACCCUUUCUGUAGAUGGCAGUACCACCAGGCUGCUCCCACUAUGUGUAGAUGGCAGCACCAGUUGGUUGCUUUCACUAUUUGUAGGUGGCAGCACCAGCUGGCCAAUCCCACUGGUGGUAGCCCAUCUAGUUUUGUACAUGUGUAUGUUGUGUUCCUAAAAUGAAUACAAUAAAUUUUAUUUCAUGAAAGUUAA